CCUGCACUUCCUGCACCAUUGCAACACAAACACACUCGCUGACUCCCACACAGGCUCACACAUAAGUGCCACCCCUUAACAACAGGCACCAGUAGCACACACCAAAGCCAGCUUGCAGCACAGAGAGAAGGCAAUGGGAAGCAGGGUGUGGUUUCCUACAGCGGGACUGCUGGUCUGGCUGUGCUGCCUCAGUCUCGGGACCGUUCACGGAGGGAAGGUGCUGGUUAUGCCUGUGGAUGGAAGUCAUUGGCUCAGCAUGAAGAUCCUGGUGAAGGAACUCAGCCGCAGGGGCCACGAGGUCACGGUUCUGGUUCCUGAGAGCAGGUUGCUGAUUCAAGGCUCAGACAGCUACAAGACCAAGAUUUAUCAAGUGCCGUACACUCAGGCUGAACUGGAUUCACAGUUCGAAUCGCUCAGAGAGAGACUCUUUGAUACACCUCCACAUUUCACAGAUUUCUUUGUGAACGUGGACCGCUUGGUCGCCUUUACCUCCGUCCAGGCGUUGGGCUGCAAGGCUCUGCUGAACAACGAGCCUUUAAUAAGCCAACUAAGAGUGGAAGGCUUUGAGAUGGUCCUCACCGAUCCCUUCCUUCCAUGCGGCUCCAUCCUGGCAAAGAUCUUCUCCGUCCCAGCUGUUUAUUUCCUGCGCGGGCUUCCAUGUGGGCUGGAUACCCAAGCCAGCCAGUGCCCUUCACCUGCAUCUUACGUCCCUGUGUCUUUUUCCGGUAACACCAACAACAUGACGUUUCUACAGAGAGUGACAAACAUAAUGAUGUCUUAUGUGGAAUCCUACCUGUGCGGCAUCAUGUAUAAGCACUUUGAUGAUCUCACCAGCAUGCAGUUUGGAAACGGCAUGACUUACAAAGAGCUCAUCAGCCAUGGGGCUAUUUGGCUGCUCAGAUAUGACUUCACAUUCGAAUGGCCCAAACCUGUCAUGCCAAACCAGGUUUUUAUCGGAGGGAUCAACUGUGCAAAGAAAGCUCCUCUGCCAGCCGACUUGCAGGAGUUUGCGGAUGGCUCAGGAGAUGAUGGUUUUAUCGUCUUUACACUGGGAUCACUGGUGGCCUCUAUGCCCGAAGAAAAGGCUAAGCAGUUCUUCGACGCCUUUCGGCAAAUUCCCCAGAGGGUUGUGUGGAGAUACACCGGCCCGCUUCCUAAAGAUGUGCCCAAGAAUGUCCGAGUUAUGAAAUGGCUCCCUCAGAAUGAUCUUCUUGCCCAUCCCAAAGCUAAAGUCUUCAUGACUCAUGGAGGAACCCAUGGCAUAUACGAAGGCAUCUGCAACGGCGUGCCUAUGUUGAUGUUUCCUCUUUUCGGGGACCAGGGAGACAACGUGCAUCGGAUGGUGGCUCGCGGUGUUGCAGAGAAGAUCAGUGCCUUUGAAGUGACAACAGAAACAGUCGUAGCUGCACUGAAAAAAAUGAUCCAGGACAAAAGCUACAAGGAGCGGAUGGAGGCGCUGUCCCAGAUCCACCUGGACCGCCCCAUUGGGCCUCUGGACCUGGCCGUCUUCUGGUCCGAGUUUGUAAUGAGACACAAGGGAGCGCCGCACCUGAGAGUGGCAGCACAUGACUUGAACUGGUUUCAGUACCACAGCCUGGACGUCAUCGGCUUUUUAGUCGCCGUUGUUCUGGUCGUUUUAUGGGUGACCCUGAAGUCCUGCGCCUUUAUUUUCCACAAGUGUUGCGGGAAAAGAAUUGUAAAGAAAAAAUCUGAAUAGUGUUUACCACUAAGUAGAUCAUCUGAACACCACUGUGAAUUUUAAAUCUGGCGUAUUGUGUGUGUGUGUGUGUGUGUGUGUGUGUGUGUGUGUGUGUGUGUGUGUGUGUGUGUGUGUGUGUGUAUGCUCAGGUGUCUGUGUGUAUCGAUUUCUACGUUGUGCCACAACAGCUGUAUAAUAAUGAUCUUGGUAAGGAUCCUUUAAAAGAUCCCAGAUUUAAUUAAAUGACUUCAAAAACA